ACUACAGGUGUGUUAUUUGGCAGUGUGAAGGAGACUCGGUCUCGGUCAGACAACCGUGUUGGAGCUCUCUGGAAGAGUCAGUGAACGCACCACUGCUGAAGAACGACGAGAAGAUGGUGGAGUGAGAACAUGCGAGAAAAUUAAAUUUGUAUUUUUUUUUGGAGGAGAAACUGAGUUUGUUCUCAAUUUUUCUGUCUUCCGAUUGUGACAUUGGAUGGAGUGACUGAACCUCAGCGACGCGGAUAUUCACAUUAGUUUGGAUUGCUGUGUAGGGACUGUGCAAAAUGGAUUUAAACAUUACCAAGCGAAGAGGAGUUUUAUUGAUUGUGUUCACCGUUUUAAGUCUUCUGCAUGGCUCCAGAGGAGAAGUCCCUCCUAAACCAACCGGCAGUGUGACGAUUGUGCCCCCAAUUAAGCCCGAUGAUUCUCCUCAGGCCUACCCAGACACAGAAAAGGCAAAUUUACCAGUCUUCACAAUGAAUUAUCCAAGAAUACAGAUCCCCUUUGAGAUCACUCUUUGGGUGCUGCUGGCUUCAUUCGCAAAGAUUGGUUUCCAUGUGUACCACAAGAUCACCAUCUGGGUGCCAGAGUCGUGCCUCCUGAUCAGCAUUGGUCUGAUCGUGGGUGGCAUCAUGCACUCUGUCCAUGAGGAGCCCCCCGCUGCGCUCUCAAGCAAUGUCUUCUUCCUCUACAUGCUGCCCCCGAUCGUCCUCGACUCGGGCUACUUCAUGCCCACCAGGCCUUUCUUUGAGAACAUCGGCACGGUAUUGUGGUUUGCAGUGGUGGGGACUCUGUGGAACAGCAUCGGUAUAGGCAUGUCUCUGUUUGCCAUAUGCCAGAUUGAGGCGUUUGGCGUGCAGGACAUCAACCUCCAGGAGAACCUGCUGUUUGCCACCAUCAUCUCGGCCGUGGACCCGGUGGCUGUGCUGAGCGUGUUUGAGGACGUGUCUGUGAACGAGCAGCUCUACAUCGUAGUGUUUGGGGAGUGCCUCUUCAAUGAUGCUGUCACUGUGGUGUUGUACAACAUGUUCAACUUCGUGGCUGAAAUGCCAGUGGUGGAGCCAGUGGAUGUUUUCCUUGGGGUGGCGAGGUUCUUCGUGGUCGGGCUUGGCGGGAUGGGCUUUGGCAUCCUCUUCGGCUUUGUGGCCGCCUUCACCACAAGAUUCACCUCCAAGGUCCGAGAAAUCGAGCCACUCUUCAUAUUCAUGUACAGCUACCUGGCCUACCUGGUGGCUGAGCUGUUUGCUAUCUCAUCCAUCAUGGCCAUUGUUACCUGCGCCCUCACGAUGAAAUACUACGUAGAGGAAAAUGUUUCCCAGCGUUCCUGCACGACCAUCCGCCACGUGGUCAAAAUGCUUGGCUCCAUCUCUGAGACCCUCAUCUUCUUCUUCCUCGGGGUCGUCACGGUGACAACAGAGCACGAGUGGAACUGGGGCUACAUCCUGUUCACACUGCUGUUUGCCUUUGUGUGGAGAGGUCUGGGUGUCUUGGUGCUUACUCAGAUCAUUAACCCUUUCCGCACCAUCCCAUUCAACUUGAAAGAUCAGUUUGGCCUGGCCUAUGGAGGCCUCCGAGGCGCAAUUUCAUUUGCCUUGGCCUUCACUCUUCCUGAAAACAUCACCCGCAGGCCACUCUUCGUCACUGCCACUAUUGCCAUCAUCCUCUUCACUGUGUUUCUACAGGGCAUCAGCAUCCGACCUCUGAUUGAGUUAAUCAAUGUCCGCAGAACCAACCGCAAUCUUGACACCAUCAACGUAGAGAUUCACUGCAGGCUCAUGGAGCACACCAUAGCAGGAAUAGAGGACCUCUGUGGACAGUGGAGCCACUUCUACUGGAAGGACAAGUUUAUGAAGUUCAACAAUCGAAUCCUGCGGAGGAUCCUGAUCCGAGACAGCCGGGCUGAGUCCAGUAUUGUUGCACUGUACAAGAAACUAGAGCUGCAGAACGCCAUGGAGAUCCUGGACCAAGUGUCGGGAGACAUCAGUGCUGCUCCAUCCAUCGUUUCUCUCUAUGAGGAAAAGAAAACCUCUGCUAAACCUAAGAAGAAGUUCAUGGCUGCUGACCUGAGGAACAUGCAUGACAUCCUGUCCAAGAACAUGUACAAGAUCAGGCAAAGGACGGUGGCAUACACAAGGAAGAAUGCCUUGCCCAAUGACAGCCAAACCAGAGAGAUACUGAUCAGACGCCAUGCCAGCAUCCGCCGCAGCCUCCGACCUGGCAGCUUUCAGACAGCGGCGGUGCCCAGAUCUCAUAAGUACUUCUCUCUUCCUGCUGGAAAGAGUCUGGACUCAAAAUUCCCACCUCAGAGGCUGAGCUAUACAGAUGACCAGGAAACCAUGUCAGAAGUGGCGUAUCCCUCCAGACGCUCUCGGUUUGGUCAGCCGGUACGCUCUUCCUCCAGAGCCAUGAUGCCUCUACAAAGGCUAGAUACCCUAAAAGAAGUCCCCUCUGUUGAUGUUCUGAAUGAAGGCAGAAAUGAAAGUGGCCGGCUGGGGCGUGGCAUGUCCAGAACAAACUCCUCCUACAGUGAUUCUCGUGUACCUGCUCCUCGCCGUCACUUCUCCUCCUCCGCUGAUGACGACAAUGGUUCAGCUGAUAACUUAAGAAAUGUGCAUAAUGAAGCAGAAGAGGAGGAGCAGCAGCAACUGCCAUCUUCAUCUCCAUCUCCGGCCUGGGCUGCUGAACCCAGAGACAACGCGACCAGAAACCCUCUGCUCAGGCGACCUCAGUGGAACCCGAAGAAAAAGUAAAAGUGCUCCUGGGCUUUAAGCAGCAGCUGGACUGCCAAAGACUGAGCCUCAGGUUCUCAAACAGCUCCAGGGCCUCUGUGUAUUCAUACUGCAAAAAGGCCAAAUACAUUAACAGCGGAGAUCCAUUCAUUUCUCAAUAGAGGUGAAGCACCCUUCAAAAUGAGCCAAAAUGGACACAAGUCAGAGGUCUCAGGCACAUGGGAAGCACAGGGCACCAGUGGAGAAACUGUGUCUGAACUGUCAACAGUGAGUCAUUCUGCCAGUUUUUGUCUGUGUAGUUAUUUCAACUAGUCACAUAAAUAUAAUUUUAAAAACCUUUUUAUCUUCCUGUAGGAUUUUUCUUAGAUAUUUAAAGGCAAUGUAAGUUAAACUGUUUAUUUGCUCUUUGUGUAUAAUUUUUUGUACUUUUACUGUGUGUAACAGCUGUAUCAGAGGAUACAAGUUUUGUAAAUAGGCCAUUUUAGUUGAAUAUGAGGAACUAUUGCUGUGCAGUACAAAGUACUCUUGGGAGUGACUGGGGGCAUUUUGUAUGUCUGUUACGUUCAUGGAUCCCACAAAUCUGGGCCCAUUUUAUUAGUGUUGUUGCUGUAAUAAAUUUUCUGUGUUGCAGGAAA